AACCGUUGAAUUAUUUAACUCGACUAGUUUAACUUGUCUCGGUUCCGAAUAGUCGUAUUGAUAAACACGUGUAUUAUCCGCCCAAAUCAUUUGCCAUCGUUUUGACGCAAAUCGCCGAAUAUAUGAAAUUCAUCCACGGCGGUGGGGGCUCAGUAUUCAACCGUAAUCUAUGAGUGUUGCCGUGUGUCCAGACGCGUUCAGUGCAGAGCGUGAUCGUAUUGCAGGCGUACGCGUGCGCGACGAGAACACGGCCGGCGGUGGACUGGAAUACGUGCGAAUAAUAAACGACGCGAUCCUUGGCAAAUACAUAAAGAUAAACAUGCAGUGUUUAAUGCGGCUAUUAUUCGGCUUGGCCUACACGAACACAAUCAAUGCUUCGGAGAUCUUAGCAAUCACUCCAAUACCUGGAACCAGUCACUGGAAUUUAAUGAGCUCUGUUCUCGAAGUACUGAUUGAUCGAGGUCAUAAAGUUACCAUUGUGUCAUCGUUUCCGAGGAAAACGCCACACGAGAAUUAUACUCAUAUCGAUCUAUCCAAAUCAAUGCCGAUAGUGAUGGCAUCACCUUGGGAAACGGUGAUCAACGUGUACCGGCCGCCCAUCGAGUGCCUGGAGUUCCUGAACGCCGUCCAACAGCAGACGUGCCGCACCACGUUCGAGGACCCGCAGCUGCGCCACGCGCUCUCCACUCGCCGCUACGACUUGGUCAUCACCGAACUGCUGGGGUCCCGAUGCGACCUGUACCUGGCCAGCCGGUUGGGCGUGCCGCACGUGGCCAUCGUGUCCAGCCAGAUGCUGACGUGGUACCAGGACUCGUUUGACAGCCCGUCCAACCCGUCGUACGUGGCCACGCUCAACUCGCCGUAUCCACGGCCCGAGACGUUCUUGCAGCGCCUGCGCAACCUCGUAAACUACGUCACUGUGCACGCGUACUUCAAGUACGUGGACCGCGGGGCCGCGGCCGUGGGAGCCCGUUACUUUGGACCUGGCCACCCGGACGCGGAGACUCUGCUCCGCAAUGUGUCCAUGGUGUUCCUCAACACCCAUUCCAGCUUUGACAUGGCCAAGCCGCUGGCUACCAACUUCAAAGAGAUCGGAGGCAUACACCUUAAACCGUUCAAACCGUUGCCCGCGGACCUACAAGAGUUUAUUGACAGUGCCGAGCACGGUGUCAUAUAUUUCAAUUUGGGUUCGGUGGUCCGUAUGGAAGACAUGCCAAUCGAUAUACAAAACGGCAUCAAAGAAGGUUUUGCUGGAUUACCGCAAAAGAUUCUCUGGAAGAUUGAGUCGGAUCGGUCGACUAUCAAUUUACCGAAAAACGUUAAGACGAAAAAAUGGUUUCCUCAAUACGACGUCAUAAGACACCCGAAUGUAAAAUUGUUCAUCACUCACGGCGGAAAUUCGGGCGUCAUCGAAGCGAUUAGCGCGGGCAUUCCGGUGCUCGGCUUACCUAUAUUUUUCGAUCAGCCAAGAAACCUGGAACUAUUCAAACAUUGGGGCACCGGCCUAUUUGUGGAUUACAAUAAUUUUACGAAAGAAGAGUUUGUGGGCAAGAUCAAGCGGAUACUCAACGAUCACCGGUUCAAGGAAAACGCGGUGGACUUGUCGCGCCGUUUCCACGACCGUCCGGUCAGUCCUCAGGAGACGGUGGCCUACUGGACGGAAUACGUGCUGCGGCACGACGGCGCCCACCACCUGAAGUCGCAGGCCGUGAACACCGUUUGGUAUCAGUACUUCCCGGUCGACCUACUCGCGGUGGUCACCGCGGUGGUCGCGUCGCUGUCGUACUUCUUGCACCGCGUCGUCGCCAAAACACUGGCCACCGUUAGGCACACGUUUACUCAAAAUUACAGCUAGUUUGCGCACAGAUUAUUUCUAGUGCCAAACACUCGUUUGCGCGCACAUAUUCCUUCCCGCUUGUACAGACUUAGGACCGUAGGCGCAAUUAGAGCAAACGAUUUUGGUGGGCUUCAGUCAUUCCUAUAUAUUUUUCAAUCACUGCCUCUCGGUAACUUUUUUUCUGUCCUUCACCCCCCAUAAAAAAUGUGCUUAUUAGAAGGUAAGUAAAACUUAAAAAUUUAAUUUUCUCAAGUUAGUAAUCAAUUCUUUUUUUUUUUAUUUAUCAAUAUAAUAAUAUAAAGUUCUGCGUGGUUUUUUGGGGGAGGAAGCUUUGAAUGUUUUUGAGAAGCUCCUCCAGCCUCCCCCUAAUUGCGUCUAUGCUUUGGUCUGUCAGUGAAUAUUUCAAUGUUUUCACUGGUGUUGUUAAAUAUAUCGUAACAUUGACCUAAUUUUAUCUCCAUCAAGAUUUUCUGAUUGACCUAGUUUAUUGAUUAUUAAUUUAUCUAUUUUAUUUUCCUCACAAAAUUAUUUUAAAUUAAUUAAUAAUAUGUAUA